GGCAUGGUGCUUCUCCUGUGCAGUGAAGCGAAGCAGCUCAGGGCAGACAAGGGCGCGUUGACUUGUUUAUCAGGGCAUGACCAUCUCCAUGGUAACACGUGUAUCCUUGGCAACACGUGUAGCAUUCCCGGGUACAUAGUCAUGGCUGCUGCGAAUGGGGAUACAGUGAUGCACGUUCAAAGAGGCUUCAAGAUUGAUAAAGUUAUUAAAUUUACUAGUAGUGGCCAUCUGGUGCAGAGUACAGGCCCUGACAUAUUGACAGUGUGUACUUCUGGUGCUUCUAACACUACUGUUGUCCAGUAUCCACUCACAGACAAUUUUCCAAGAAUUUCAAAACACACAAUACCUGUCGUUGUUGCAAAACUUGUGUAUUCAAGUGAGCUGAAGCUUUAUAUUGCCUUCUGUAAUGACUUUCGUCUUCGCGUGUAUAACUUAUACUUUGAUUUGCUAACAACUGUUUUCACCCACUUUAAUGCAACAUGCGUUUGUUUUGAUGAAGAAAAUAACGAAAUUUUUGCUGCUGGACCUGGAUUAGUUCACUGCUGGACAUUGCAACCUGAUACUUUCAAUGCUAUUCAAGCUAGCCCUCCACUAAAUGUAGGACUGAGAGAAAAAGAACUGAUUGUUUUCUUAUCUACCUGCUACCAUGCACCACUCCUCUGCAUCACUUGCAUUGAAGGGAUAUACAUUGUAAACACAGAGACUCGGAAUCAGCAACACUACAUUCCUAACAACAGCGGGGUUCCACUAUCAUAUGUAGCAAUAUAUUCUCCUGCUGAACUACUUGCUGUUGGAAGAGAAGAUGGCUCACUUCAAUUAAUGUGCUAUAUGAGAGGGAGUGGUGGCAAAACCAAUCGUUCACUGACCCUUCUUAAAAGCACUCACAGACACUUAUGCUCACUCUUCAUCCACACUGAGCUCCCCUAUCUCUUUGCCUCCUAUCCUGAUGGAAUAAUCAUAGUUUGGAAUCUCAUUGCUGAAAUUCAAGCUCUCUUUUGCUUGUCAUCAAAUAUUGCUUCCAUACCAUUGCACAAGUAUAAUCUCCAGUCUCCAAUAUCUGCUGCCUCACUGACCUUUGAUAAUCGCAUCAUGUGCCAUUCUCAGACAAACUGUAGCUUGCUCAUAUUGGAACAGGUUGAGGAUCUGCUGACAACAUUAUAUUCUCCUAUAAAAUCAAUAAAUGUAAAGCAUUAUAAUGGCAGGCAGCGCUACAUUGUGCAAACCUAUCACGGUUUCAUCAAGGUCAUAUCUCCACACUCUGGUAAAGCUAGAACUGCACUUUAUCCUCUCACAGUCCCCAGGAUGUUAAGAGCUGCACAUCAUAAUAUGGCCGAGGAAGUAUUCUAUGUUGCACUGAAGACAGGCGAGAUAGUGGUUUACGAUACAAGACUUAAUCCUUGCAUACCUGUUGAGUUCUGGGCUCCAUCUAAUGCCCAGCAAGAAAUAACAUGCCUUGAUAUGAUUGAUCACAGCAUUGUUGGGUCUUUAAUGCUAGCUGGUCUAAGGUCAGGUUGUCUGGCAAUACUUUAUGCAAGAGAUUGCCUUAUCGGUCAGCCAUGCCCUGCUCACGAUGGCCCUGUUGUGAUGAUGACUUCAUCAGAGACAGACCAGCUCAUUAAUAAGAACCCAGUCUUAAAUCUUGUGUCGUAUGGUACUGAUGGUAUAAUGCAGGUGUGGGGUAUUGAGAUUAAACUGGACACAAAGAAGCAGCUUGUCAUGCACUACAUGACAAGCCUAAGACUGAAAUUCCAGCCGCUCCAUUCAAAAAUACUCAACACAAAACUUUGCCUUGCGACAAUCAAGCAGCAAGUCCUUGUCUACAAGCUCCCUCAUGGCGACCUCUUUCAUGUCCCUAAACUUAAAUCGCUCCCUCACAAUCCUUUAGAUGAUCAUAGCAAGGCUAUCACAUCACUCUCUCGUUGCGUUCCUCUCUCUCUCUUUGCUACAAGCAGUUGUGACGGAUUUAUAAAGAUAUGGAAUGACAUUGGCCAGCUCCUGUGUAAUAUCAAUAUCGAGAUGAAUGUUACUUCUGUUUGCUUUGAUGACCUAUCAUUGUGCCUUCUUGCUGGAUUUCAGAAUCAUUUGCAGAUCAUACCACCUAAUCGAUAUCUCCCUCAGAAACUUGUCAGUUCACAUAAAGUCAUUGAGACUAAGGUUGAAUAUUCAAUACCAUACAGACAGAAUGCUGAUCUUUGGUAUGAUUGUCAGAAGAUCCCUACCCUCCCUAUCCUACCUCAUGCAAGACUCCAUGCAGCCGACUACAUAGCAACUCCCAAUCCUUUUGCACUCCGACUGAUAUCACAACCUCAGUAUGAUCCAAGGAUACUCUCUGAUGGAAUCAAGAGCAUAAGAGAAAUGGGUAUCAUUGACCCUGAUGAAAUAAAGAGCAUUAAACAUCAGCUUAGUCUUAAGGAGAUAAAAACAUCUGAGUCAUUGGAGGAUGCCUUUUCAAGGAACUUUUCUGAUUUUGACGUAAGUGAGAACCUUCGAAGAAUGGAAGAAGAGGAUUUGUCGUUUGGACCUGAGAGAGAGAAAUCCCAUUAUCAAUUGUUCCCUGAAGCUGAACUGACGCCAUUGGAGAGAGUCUCAUCAUCAGGAUUUCCAAUAGCACCUGAUGGAUACAUUCCUAAUUCUGUCGUAAGAGGUAAAGUCAAUCAUGAGCCUAUUGAUCAUGUACUUCAAAGAAUAUUAAUAAAACAAUACAAGCUUCUAGAAAAUAACAAAUAUGCAGUAGCCAAAAGACGAAGGAUAAAAAGAGUGCUAAUAGAUCUGAAACUGAUGGACGAAUAUGGAGCAUUCAUUGAUCCUAACAACAGACAUAGCACUAAACAGAGGAGAAGUGUGUACGAAGAGUCUGAUGAGGAAAGUGAAGAAGAGUCUUCUAGUGAAGAAGUAGCUGAGAGUGAGCCUUCGUCGGAAGCUUCUGAUUAUUAUGGAAACCUUUUUGGAGACCAAUGGGUAGCUAAUGAUAGCAUCAUGGUCAAUAUAAAGGAGAGGGAGAGAGUUGAUUCUUAUGUGCCUGUGGAGGAAGAUUACAAAUAUGAAGAACCUCCGAAGCCAAAGAGAAAGCAGCCUGCUUUCUUGUUUGAUAUUGAGCUACAUGAGGAGGUGGAGGAGGAGAAAGAACAGACGUCUGACGCACUCGCUAAAGCAGCAUAUGCAAAAAAACAGAGCCAGCAGACACGAGGUACUGGAGUGAAGAAUAUUAAGAUGGGAUCAUCUACAUCUGGUCAUUUGCUGCAUAAAACUUCAAAGACUUUCAUGCAUGACUCUCAUCCCAAGAGAUCCACAACUACGUCUUUUAAAGUCCCACUGAAGACAAAGAAGAUAUCCUUGGCAACAGAACCUAUCGUUAGAGAGAACAGCGUCUCCACAAUCACGGAAGCAAGGAGUGAAAUAUUAUAUCGAGUAGGGACGCCAUUUUAUGACUUUGAAUACAGGAAUAAUCUCUCUACUCCCAAUGUGGGCAAAAGGAUGGAGCGUUAUGGCCAUAGAGAUGUACAUGUGAGUGAACCAGAGGAUUCAGAUCAGCAUACUGGUGUUAGAUACAGGCCAUCAAUAGAAAAUCUAAUGUCCACGUUGAAUAGAAUCAUAAAGAGCUCGUGGUUUCCAUCUUCAACGCUGUCACAGAUGGGUUUUACAAUAGAAAGUCUUGUCUCUUCUAUUGGACGUCUUUCAAACCCUAAUGCUUCACACCUAAUGGACAGUGAAAUGACAUUGGAUUGGGUCAUUGACACACUGGUUGGCCUUCUUGAUAAAAAUGACAUGUCUAUUACAGAGGAUAUUGCAGAUGCUCUUGCUGCUCUGAGUAAUAAUCGCUACAUCACUACAGCUCAGAAAAAUGCAACGCUACGUGGACUUUUUAAGAAAUCCCAUGAUGCCAAUGCACCCAAGUCUAUUAAAGAGCACACACAGGACCUCCUUUCUCAGCUUGAUUUUGAUGAUGAAACUUUACAGAUGAUACUAAAAGCGCUUCUCAGUGAAGAUGAGUCAAAGAGGCAAGCUGCUUUUACUGCUCUUGAAAAUUUAACUGGAAUCACUGAUAGGGCUGGACUGCAUGCUCUGCUAAUUGAGAGAGGAUUGAUACAGCACGUUGUUAUGAAUGAGAAUGAGGUACUGAAUAAUUUAGCCCAAAGGGUUAAAGAGGCAGAAGAAAUUCCAACUCUCUCAAUGCUCAAACCAGAGAAGAAGCCUAAAGCAAAGGUAUUAAGUGUUCCUCAUGAUCAAAACAGAAGAUUCAAUAAAGACAUUGAACAAGAGCAUCCUGCAAAGAAGAAGACGUCUAUAGCAAAGAGUGACAAAAAGAAAAGGGCAGAGGAUUUAGAAGCGGAAAAAGGGCUGCCACCUUUAGCAGGCCCUACCUUCUAUCAUGCUAGUAUAGGAGGAUACAGUGUAAAGGUGUCAAUAAAUAGCAGAGAUGUGCCAGGAGGUGCAGGCAGCUAUGCAUCAGCUCUAAGAGAAGGACUUGGUGCUACUACUAAAGGGAAGAAGAUUUAUUCUACUAAAGAGAGUAAUAGUGCAUUGAAGUAUGGAGUCCUUGGUCGUCAUAAUAAAAUGAAGGAGUUUACUUUGCCUGGAGUGAAAAGGGACAACAAAGUGGAAAAGAGAUCAGUUGCAAUGAAGAGUGCACUGAUUGAAGAUGACUACAGUAGCAAUUAUGCAUCAACAAGGAGCGGUAAAAGGUACAACACUGCAGAAACUGCUUACAAUGAAAUUAGACAAGCUUUAAUGUCAAAAAAUAAAACUUUAGUCAAUGAUGAUCUAAUGCAAAGGAGUGGGAUCCAGCCGAAUAUUGGAAUUCAUGAUGACACUGCAAUGCCUUUAUAUGAAGGAGAUCAAAUCUAUCAAGGAGAAACUGGUGACAUGAAGGAUCAUUUGAUUCCAGGUCACACGAUGGCUUAUGAUGAUCAUACGUCAAUAGACAGAGAUGAUAAAGACUAUUAUCAUACAAUGGACAGAGAUGGUAAGGAGCAUCCACUACCAUAUUAUGAUGAUGACACAACACCAUCUAUGCUGCAAGUUACUGAUGAACUUAGCAGCACUCAAGAAAAUCAAUCAGUGUCACAAAGCAAACAAAAAGAUUUACAAUCACUUGAUGACGAGUCUGAUCCAGCUGACCUUGACAAUUUGGAAGCAGCUCUCACGUUACCAUCAGGUUUCUUAGACGCUAAAAAUAUGAAGUACCUUCCCCAAAAGGAGCAACCAUUUUCUCUUCUAAAUAAUGCGGCGACACUUGGAAACUAUGAUGGAUGUUAUCCAAACUCAGAUGAUGGAGCAAUGUCUGAAAAUAUAACAAGCACUAGUCGUGGGAUGACAGUUCACAUGGCAGACAGUAAAACUAUGAGAGACUUCUAUUCUCCUCUCAAUAAGCCAAAGAAAGGAGCUCUGUCCAGGAACUUAAGACAUGGGAUUUUGCCUCCUUUGUCAUUGACUGAAGCUCAUUUGGAUCAAGAAAGAAGAAAACUGGAAGUGCUUAGGAGAUCGAAUCCAUAUUAUUCAAUGAGCGUGGCUGCAAGGAGAGAAAUCAUUGGCUUGGGUAAAAUUGAAGCAGAAAUUGAGAAGAAAAGGUUGGAACGCCGUAAAAGGGAGAACAGAGAGUCUUUCUAUCACGAGGCCGGCAGGAAGUGGAAUGAGUUUGAGUGGUGUGACAUAGCAGCAAUGCUACUCAAUAAAGAUGUGACGAAACCUGUUCAGAAACGUUGCCUUCAAUCUAAAUAGAUGCGAUUAAUAAUUAUUAUUAUUAUUUUGAUUAAUGGUGAAAUUUUGAUGGACCAAUUGUCCAAAGCUCCA